GUAACAUGCCUUGCAAAAUUAAGAACUGGCAGGAUGGUUAACUCGCGCUGCCUGGCGACCAUCAAAGCUUUAAGAGCGUAGUGCGUGACAAUGUCGCCUCAGCAUUGUGGCUACAUUUCAUACUAAACCCGUGGGCAGAAGUUUACCGAAAUGAUUUAGGCUACUAUGGUCGUUAGGCGGAAAUAAAAGUUUCGGCUAUGAUACCAUCGAUACCUUUCAGAUAUAAGGAAAAGGUGGAAAAAAGUUGGAGGUAUAGUAAAGUUGACAGAAAUACGUAUUGGUAUGAAAGGGAUAACAUGUGUCAAUAUGCACUCUGAUAUAGGCCUAUAGUAGCUCUAUGCCCUAAUGACAUUUACCGGGUGUUCUGUUUCAACAACAAAUGCUGGAUUGCUUUAAACAAAGUGUUAAUCUCCUUCUGCAUCUUGUAUAAAGCAAAAGGAUGACAGACAAUAGGGUUUGUUCGUCAAGGUAGCCUAUAAAAAAAUAAAACUCAAACAAAGGACACAGCACUCAUUCAUGCAGGCCAUUCCAAAGGUCAAUGUGGAAAAUCAACAAUAUAGUUUUCUAGUGUAUUAUUUUACUUUCCACAAUACAUUUGAAAUGAAAGACAACAACUUGUCAUGUUUAAAAGAUUUAUGCUCCUGUUAAAUUGACACUUGAUACAUUAGUCAUGGACAGAGAGCAGGGAGAUCGAAUCGUGGGGAGUCGCCACAUAUGUUAUGCAAACAAACACACACAUAUACACAAGUUGGCACAACUGUAGGUCUUGCGGUUUCCAGACCUUUGAAGCACAAACUAUUAUUGUAGCGGUUGCCUGGCAGUGUCGGCAGUAUCAGCUGCAUCGCUUUCCCAUGGGAUUGCCAGAGAUUUAGAGAGCAAGAAAUAGAAGCAGGGAGAUGCCGCGCUGCGCUCCACUCACACAUUUGGCAAACCGCCCUUGUAGGCUAGCCUACUUCUCUCACCCUCGAGCUACUCUCCAAUCCUCGCUAGACCUAAUAAGUGAAUUCAACAGACAACCAAGAACGUGACUGCGUUAAUGGAACGCAUGGCAAGAAGCAGUAAGGUUCGUUUUUUAAACAUUUUGCAAACAUAUGCGAAAGCUGAGUUUUCAGUCGUGAUGCUGAGAGACAUUGUUGUAAAUCAACAACCUCGAGCGAGAGGAAAUUGACUUUCGACGGACAGGCGUAAACUCUUCUCAGCUUCAAAGACUGAUGGUUAUUGCUACAGAGCAGGUUCCCGUGGCAGGGCUGAGGAGGGAUGCUCUUGGGGGAGUGCAGUAGUACCAGUAGGUUGCUGGAGGCUCUGUGUGGCAAGAGAAGGGUGGUUGUGUCGGCCAUGAAGCUGCCCUGCUCCUUCUACUGUUCCCUCUGGUUCCUCCUGCUCCUGGGGGCCGCGUCCUUACUCCUCCUAGUCCACCUCCAGGGCCUCUCAGACAUGCUCCAGCAACAGACCCCAGGUGCGAAGUUCAUGGUUGCUCCAAGGUGGCCAAUUCAAAAGGAUCAGCCCUCAGACAGUGCAGUCUUUGAGGGCAUCAACCUUGGUGGAGGUUUCCAUGGAGCUCCAGGGGAAGAGAUAUCCUCUAACCCCAGCCUCCCUAGUCCUAGCCCCAGGCAGCCCCCUUCCUUACAGUGGCUGCCCCACCCAUCCACCCCAACCUCCGGAGACCAACAGGCCGAAAGCCCCAGGCCACCGGUCACUAAACGCCACAGGAAGCUGCUGUUAAAGAGCGGUUCUGUAAUUCCUAGUGGUGCCUCCCCUGGUGAGGAGGACCGUAAGUUACAGGGCAUGGCUCAUACCCAAGUGUCCCGCCACCACCUGCUGAGGGAGGUCUGCACCAAAUACCAGCCGGGCGUCACCGAGCACCCCAUCUCCAGCCGGCAGGUGUCCCGGGUCUACGUGGAGGAUAGGUCAGGGCUGCUGUACUGUGAGGUUCCCAAAGCUGGCUGCUCCAACUGGAAGCGGGUGCUGAUGGUCCUGGGAGGCAGUGCCACCUCCACGCACGGCAUCGCCCACGACGACGCCCACUAUGCCAACCAGCUCCGUCGACUGGACACCUACAGCCAGGCGGGCGUGGCAGAGCGCCUCCGCUCCUACACCAAGGUCCUCUUCGUACGGGAGCCCUUCGAGAGGCUGGUGUCGGCCUUCCGGGACAAGUUCGAGAGCCCCAACUCGUACUACCACCCGGUGUUUGGCCGGCCCAUCAUCUCCCGGUACCGGGCCAACGCCUCGCUCUCCGCCCUGAGGACCGGCGCCGGCGUCACCUUCAGGGAGUUUGUCCAGUACCUGUUGGAUGUGAGGCGACCCGUGGGUAUGGACAUCCACUGGACGCCGGUCAGCCAGCUCUGCAGCCCCUGCCUGCUGCACUACGACUUCAUCGGGAAAUUCGAGAGCCUGAAGGAGGAGGCAAACUUCCUGCUGCGGAGUAUCGGGGCACCUAGCAACCUCACAUUCCCUGACUUUAAAGACAGGAACCCCAAAGCAGAAAGGACUUCCUACACCAUUACCCAGAGAUAUUUUGAACAGUUGAACACCACAGAGAAACAGAGGGCCUAUGACUUUUAUUACAUGGAUUAUCUGAUGUUUAAAUACCCCAAACCCUAUAAAGACCUGUACUGAAGUAGUGGCUGGAUUGACAUAAAUAUGAACACUACAGAAGAGAUGAUUAUCCUGUGGGACUUGAAUAAGCACUACAGACACAUUGAUGUAAAGUAUUCUACGUGUCUUAUUUACAUCUGGUUACAAUUAUGAUUUGAUGUAAUUACUUUGAGCAUAGGUUGUACAGCUUUUGGUCAUAACACUUUGUAUAGUGUGCGAACUGAUGUGCUUUCUUUGUCAAAUGCACUUUUAUUGAUUGGCAGACAUAGCCUACAUACAACAUCCUCUCAACAAUCAACGAGAUAUUGCUCUCAAUCAACAGCAUAAUGACUUCUAUGAAGUGACCUAUACUCUGAGUGAAGACUUUAUUAUCAUCUCUUCAUUUUCUUAUUUUUUUCAGCCUUGUUAUAUGAAGGUAUACUUGUCAUUUUGGGUCAUCGUCAAUCAUGUGACUUUUAAAAAGGAAAACGUGUCUUGUUAUUCUGCAGACCUUUAUAAAAAGAAGGAAAAGAGAGCCUAGCUAUACUCUCCCAAAGCAAAGACUAGUGUUUGCAGAUACUGCAGCAGAUUUCACAGUUACUGAAAUCCUACAUUGCCUACUGAUGAGAAGUACCAGGUGUCUUAGACCAUUUUAAUAUCAUUCAAUUUGAUUUCAAAACCACAUUUGCUCUUGAGGUAUUUGUUUUCUAUUUUACAUACAGAACAUACAAUAAACUUGUUACAGUACGUACCUCAAGGCGGAAGGUAGCUUAGCGGUUAAGAGCGUUGGGCCAGUAACUGAAAGGUCGCUGGUGCAAAUCCCGAGCCAAUGAGGUGCAAAAUCUGCCGAUGUUCCCUUGAGCAGGACCUGUAACACUAAUCGCUCCUGUAAGUCGCUCUGGAUAAGAGCACCUGCUAAAUGAAAACAAACUAAGGGACAGGAAACACAUGAAAUAAGGGACAGGAAAAAUAUAUCAAUGUCAGUUGGUAGCUCAGUUGGUAGAGCAUGGUGCUGCCAGGGUUGUGGGUUCGAUUCCCACAGAGGACCAGUACGAAAAAAGUAUCAAAAUGUAUGCACUAAUAUAAGUCACGCUGGAUAAGAGUGUCUGCUAAAUUACUAAAAUGUAAAAUAUUGCCUUUCAGAUACAACUGUGGGUUCAUGAUCUUUGAUUCUGUAAUGUACAAUAGGGUUUCUGGGUCAUUGUAUGGGCCUCAUGUUACAAUACUAAUGAUUUCCCUGUAAAGAGUAAAUGUAUUGUUUUACAUGUUAAUAAUAUAAUAAUAAUAUAUGCCAUUUAGCAGACGCUUUUAUCCAAAGCGACUUACAGUCAUGUGUGCAUACAUUCUACGUAUGGGUGGUCCCGGGAAUCGAACCCACUACCCUGGCGUUACAAGCGCCAUGCUCUACCAACUGAGCUACAGAAGGACAGAAGUGUUCUAUCUACAAACACGAUUUCAAUCCCCUAGCCUUAACACUGCCAAUUUUGCUAAUUUUGUUUGGGUUUUAAUUUGUUUGGGUUUUAAAGCACCAUUACCAUUUAAUAAAUGUUUUAUCAAGCCUUUACUAAUUAAACAAAAACAUUUCUCUGUUGUUUUUCUAAAUCUGGUUUUUGGAAAAGUGACAAAAAUGUGUUACAAAAAACCCUUUUGGAACCCUUUUUUCUAAGAGUGUAGAACAAUAGCUUUUAAAUGGGAAACGUUUUACGUUGUUCAAGCUAAGAAAUAAUUUCCUAACAGACACAAUAAAGUCAUUAUCAAGCAUUCUCAUCAGUGCAUCAUGUCACCAUCAGGUUUGAGAAGCAUAUCUACAUCCCUCUCCUAGAACAGCCAGCUAUGUCCCAGAUGUUCCGGCUGCACCUGGGCAACACGCGUCACAGCAUCAGUGACUCAGACCUGUGUAAGCUCGCCAAAAAGACAGAAAGCUACUCCCGGGCCGAUG